CUCUUGAGUGAUGUCAGGGCUGCAUGCGGGAAUGAACCAGAAUGCUUCUUUCUUUGGACACUUCAACUUAUCUUUUGAACACUGGUCAACAAUGAACACAGAAAAGAACAUCAUUGCGGAACGGGUGGUGCCAAUCAUUUUUAUGGUGAUAUUUGUGACUGGAAUUUUCGGAAAUGCGCUCGUCGUGUACGUUUUUAUACGGAACAAAGCGUUCCGCACUGUUACUAAUAUGUUUUUGCUCAAUCUGGCGUUAGUGGAUCUCGUGUACCUGUGUUUUUGUUGUCCUUUCACCACGGUAAAAAUGCUGGUCAUGUAUUGGCCGUUUGGAAAUGUUAUGUGUAAAAUGGUACAGUACCUGAUGGUCGUUUUUAUGUCUGUGAACGUUAUGACGUUAACAGCUAUAGGAUUCGAUCGCUAUUUCGUCAUCGUGCAUCCAAAACGAGCACGUUCGUACAGGACUUCCCAGAAUACCAGCUACAUUAUAAUGGCAUUGUGGGUAUUUUCUUUUCUUGUAUUCUCACCGGUCCUCCUAGUAGUCCGUGAACUAAAGGCAUUUCGCCCAAUCUGUGUCGAAGAAAUGGAAGACGACGAGCGCAAAGCUUAUUCUGCUUGCAUGUUUAUCUUCUUUUAUCUCAUUCCUCAGACAUUAGUUGGAUUUUGUUACAUACAAAUUGCUCAAAAGUUGCGCGCUCAUCUAAGGCGUGGAGCUCGUCUCAACCAGGCGGCAUUAGUUACGCUGAAAACACGCGGGAAAAUCGUCAAAAUGACGUUUGUUGUUACAUUAGCAUUUGCCGUAUGCUGGUUACCUCUUCACGUGGCGGCAAUUAUGAAUUCUCUCAACGUUCCAGCUACAUCUUUCUCUUAUCAUCUUCAAAUUUUUGCGCCGUGUUUUGCUUAUGUCACAGUCUCGUUGAAUCCAGCUAUUUAUUGUUUUAUGAGUAAAACAUUCAGAAAAUUUCUUCGCGCUGCGUUUACGUGUCGAACGGUGACCUUAAACGCCGCUAUGUUGGGUGAGGAUGCUGAAUUGAUUCCAAAUAACCAAGAUGUAAGCCAGAGUAGUAAGCAAUGGGAACUCCGGAGCAUCGCUAACAACCAUGAAAAGGUUAUCAACGGGAAUGGAUCUGCGGAAUGUGCUAUAACCAUCCGAACGGAAAGUUCAUCAGUGCCCGAAAUUUCCGACUGCCCGAUACAUACUCAAACCGAGGACUCCACAUUAUUGGAUAAUCUUGUCGAUAAAGAAUGCCAAACGGAAAAGACUUGUAUUUCAAAGGCAACGAAUAACAUUCAGAGUAUUGAGAUAAUAUAAUUUUCUGCAACCAUGCUUCAGUUCUACUGAAGCUGUCACACGUAGAAAGGUUUCAUCACGUACUCUAAGUGUUAUUUGAUGGUGCUCAAUGAAACAUUCAAUCCAUUACUGACAUAUAAGCUUUGGACUACAAAUGUGAACAACGAUAAAUUAAAGGAAACCGGGAACAGUGAAUUAAUUAUGUUGUGAAGUAAAAUCCUUCCUACCUAAUGUCGAUAUAGUUAUAGAUUCCGAAAUAAAAUACAAAAAAGGAACACUUUAUUUGAUUGUGACUUUAUCUCAAAGUUACUCUACAGAUCAAGGAUUAAUCAAUAAGUGUUAUGACUUCAUUGCCGAUUUGCAUUUAGCACUUUUCAUCAUUGAUUGAAAUAGCAAACUGAGAUAAUAGUAUACCAUUUUAAAUAUUAUAAUAAUUAAUCAAAAAUACCUCUGUAUAUGUAGAAGUUUUUGCGUUGUUGCAUUCUAUGUCUCAAUUUUCUUGGGGACCAAUCACACACGGCCCUUAGCUGAAUAUGAAACAGUCUUUCAUCUUAUACACAUACAGAUACUUCCACUGAAUUACACCUUAACGAAUUUUCAGUAAUAGCAAUUAACGAAAAUUGAUAUAAAGAAGAUGAUUGUGUCCAAGAGAGAUAUUUUGAUUGACACUUUAUUAAUGCUUGUUUCAUUCUUCCGGAGUAUUUCCAUAUAAUUAUAUUAGAUCUUCUCUGUAACUGUCUGUUUCAUUAUACCCCUUAAUAUUAGAUUCCAUCUGCGCUAAGAAACUCAUAGAGUUUCAAAAAGGAUGCACAAUGAUCUUGAACGAAAUUUCAAAAGGCAGUAGUUAAGGUUAAAGUAUAGUUUUCGAAAAUGUUUUUCAUAGUAAUAUUGAUUGUAUAUAAUAUAUAUUUUGAUUAAACAUGCAUUUUAAUUUGAAGUUAUAACAGUCCUGUGUGAUCGCUGCGUAUGGUGAUCUAGAAUGAACUAUUAUUCUUCCAUCUUACAGACACAGGCA